GCCUCCAAAUACUGGUCGCCUCAAUCAGUCGGUGUAGCGGCGCUGAGUGGUGCACCUGUCCUUGUGCAAUCGUACUCCAAAGUCUGAAGACUGACUGAUUUGAUUGGCACAGCAACGGCGAGAGUUGGGAUAGGCGAAGUUAGGUGACCGUCAGGAUAGCCAUGCACAGACAGGAUGUGUGGGUGGGCAAUACUAUUCUCCUUAGUGUGUCUCUUCCGUGGAAGCUUCACGAGCGAGGGAGCAAAGGAAACUGAAGACACAGCCUCCUCUGGUUCAGUCCCAGGCCUCAAUGCAGUUUAUUGGGUCAACAGGCUCUUCCCCGGCAGAUCUGAAAUCGCUUGUGUGGUGGAGGACUCACAAGAUGUCUUGCACACACACCUGGUGCCGCCACACCUGCGAAAUCCUAUAUUCAGAAAACAGAGAAGAUGGCUUCAGGAGAUCAGGUACUGGACUGUAAAGGGAGAGAUAGCGCGAGGGGCGGAGUGUCACACAGUUGCAGCGCCACUCUACCCUGUGGCCUUCCCCCUCAUGUCUUCCAGAGCUCACCUCGUCCCGGAGUACCUCAGUUACACUAUCAGUGCUGGGGAAGACCUCCGUGCCAGGCUGCGAGGCGCCAAGUCCAGAGGGGAAGUGUGGUGGCAGCAGGAGCCCAUUCGAGCGGGGGGAUGGAGACAGACCACCCUCACUGAAGAUGGCGAACUCGUCAUUCCUGCCGCGUUGCUUUCAGGCUCCGGGUUUUACUCCUUCGUCGAUGAGGACAACGUUGACGACACCAGCAUCUUGGGCACGCUGAGUUUGGUGGUACGGGAGUGUCCCGCCCAUCGCUACGGGGACGACUGCCGUGGCUGGUGUCCCGACUGCAUGCAUGGGGGCGUGUGUCACCCUCGGACUGGGCAGUGCGUGUGUCAUGAGGGCACAAUGGGAAGCCGCUGCGAAACCCGGUGUGAGAGAGGCAUGGCAGGGCGGCACUGCUCGGUCCGCUCCCUCACCCUCCCAGGCGGACAGGUGUGCCAGCCCUCACCUGCCCCUUGCCGAUGCGUGCCGGGAUACACUGGGCCUAGGUGCAACAUUACAUGCUCGGCGGAAAGGUGGGGACCAAACUGCGAGCAAGACUGUACCCACCACUGUGUUGGCGACUGUGACUCAGAGACGGGGAUGUGUGGCGGACAGGGGCCAUCUCCAUGUGCUGGAGGCAAUGCUGGCCUGCCGCGUCUUCGCCAGGCUCCAGAAGUGAGGGACAUAGGGGCGGACCAGGCGACCGUCGUGUUCUCAGAGUGGCGGGAAGGUUACGACGAUGGGAACGCGACUCUAUGGGACACCUUCAUAUACGUCGUCAGGCUGGCAGGCAACACCGCAAACAAGACCGCCGUGGACACUAUAGCCACUGGUUCCCGCCACUCGCUGACGAACCUCACGUCCCUCACCACGUACAGAGUGAUGGUGAUGGUGAUGGUGGCAAGGCAGGACUUGACGUGUAUGGCAGAUGGCAGGGGAAGGGAGAGGGUACAUUCUGUUUCCUUCACUACUACUUGCCCUGAAGAGAUCCCAGCGCCGGUCAUUGUUCAAACUGAGAAGACCUCUGACACUAGCGUCUUUGUGAAAUGGAAGCCUGUGCCACGCCCUCGAGGAUGCGGCGUGGAGUACCUCCUGUCCGUCAUCCCAGAGGCGUCAAGUGAGACAUCUACACCCUUGGACAUUCAGAAUAUUACCCUGACGGAGACGCAUAGGGAGGUGGAGGAACUGAAGGCGAAUGUAGCGUACACUAUCCAUGUACUGGCUAAAAGUACCACUUCUUUCUCCGCAUCUGCCUACUCAUCCACGCGUCUAAAGAUCCACGGGAGAAGUGUAGGACUUGCAAAGACGGUAUGGGUGGUGGCGACAGUGUUGCUGGUGGCGGUGUUGGUGGUCGUGGUAUUGAUGUGGCGAAGACGACGACGUCCGCAUAGUAGUGUGUCUGUCUCCAAUCCUCCAUUUGAAGUCUCAGCAUCGUCACCACCACUACCACCACCAACAGAGAUUCUUUUAUAUAGGAUGGUUGAAAUAGACGGAGAAGAAGAAGGAAAAGAUGAAGGAGGAGGAGGAGAAGGAGGAGGAGGAAGAGGAGUGGAAGAAGAAGAAAAAGAAGAAGAAGAAGAAGAAGAAGAAGAAGAAGAAGAAGAAGAAGAAGAAGAAGAAGAAGAUGAAGAAGUAGAAGACGAAGAAGAAGAAGAAGAAGAAGAAGAAGAAGAAGAAGAAGAAGAAGAAGAAGAAAACGUAUUCAGUGUUUUUUUAAAUAAGAAUUCAUGAUUCAGACUAAUAAACAACUCAUUUCCUGAAGAUCUUUGCUGUGAUUCGAAACUCGUAGACGUGAUUGUGAGCGGAAGGAAAAAAGAUGUUCACUUGAUAAUACUACACAACAAAUUCAAGAGAAAGAGAGAGAGAGAGAGAGAGAGAGAGAGAGAGAGAGAGAGAGAGAGAGAGAGUCCAUUCCGUGUUAUUAUCAUUUCAAAGGUGCUAAUUAUGAAUCUGAUUAUCAUAUCCCUCAGACAUGUCUCAGUUUUAUUAUAGCAUCGUACACUUUUUACCAGAAAUACUUAGGAAAAAGUGAGAUAACAUUAUAAUUUAUUGUCUUUUUCACAAAAAAAAAAAAAUGAUCCUAUAUAUAAUGAACUUCAAAUAGCUUAUUGUUAACACUAAACUGUAAAUUCAGUAUGAAUUUAUGUACUUAUUAGUAUUUUCUUUGCCAUUUAUGUGAUACACUUAGUUCGUCCUGCUAAAAUGGCUGGGCUCCAUUUGCCUGUGUAAAUUACCUAUUCUCCUUUCUCGCUAUGUCCUGUUGAAACCUCUCUCCAUGUUUAUCGUUGACAGUUCCUGCAUUCUCUGAAAAAAAAAAAAAAAAAUGUGAAUGCAGAAAAAAAAGGUAGUUUAAGCGACAUGUUACAGUCUAUUAAAAUAGGAUAAUG